GAGGCAGGUCCGGUUCCUGCGGUGAAACCCUGGGGCUUUGGACGGGAGGGCCAUCUUCCUGCCUCUCCCCCUCGGCCUGUUCGCAAGCAGCAGAGCAACUGCUGGAAGAAGUCGGUGUGAAGAGUUUCUGUUUCCGUGUGGCAGAGAAAACCGCGAGGGCCCGAUCGGUUCGGCUGACGCCGUCAUCGUCCGCCACUAAGUCGGGGCCGUGAUGCUUGCUGACCCUCCGGAGCUCGUCUCUCUGUCCUUCCGCCCUCUGCCGUUCCUGCCUUUUGAUUUCCAGUUCUCAAAAUUUGGAGGCCAGAUUCGUCCAGGGGAUUAUCGUUCGAAAUCAAAUCCUCUUAUGGAGAAUCCAGAUUCGGAACUGCUCUCUGGUUUGAUCGACAUGCCGGUUCAAUGUAUCCGCUGGGAACAGACCCAGUACCCGAGGCAGGUGAAGAUGUUGCCGCCGCGAUCAGUGCCACCGAGACCCUGUCAGAGGAGGAGCAGGAGGAGCUAAGGAGAGAACUUGCAAAGGUAGAAGAAGAGAUCCAGACUCUCUCUCAGGUGUUGGCAGCUAAAGAGAAGCAUCUAGCGGAGAUCAAGCGCAAACUCGGCAUCAAUUCGCUGCAGGAACUGAAGCAGAACAUUGCCAGAGGCUGGCAGGACGUGACCGCGACGCCUGCAUACAAGAAGACGUCUGAAACCUUGUCUCAGGCUGGACAGAAGGCUUCAGCUGCUUUCGCGUCCGUGGGAUCAGUCAUCACCAAAAAGCUGGAAGACGUAAACAUACGCUCCAUUCAACAUUCAAUUAGCAUGCCGGCUAUGAGAAACUCCCCGACUUUCAAAUCGUUUGAAGAAAAGGUUGAAAACUUAAAGGCAAGUAGAGAGUCGAAAGUAGGGGGGACCAAGCCUGCCGGCGGUGAUUUUGGCGAAGUCUUGAAUUCGACGGCAAAUGCCAGCGCCACCUCCACAGAGCCACUUCCAGACCAGACCCAGGAGAGGCCGUGAAAUGCCUGCCUCUGUCCGGCCACCCACUGCCAGACGCUGCAAGCGGGGCCCAAGCACAUCUCGUCCAUGUUCAUUGCUGUGAAUUUUUACCCUGUGUGCUGUUAUUUAGCUUUACAUAUUCCUUUGACCAAACAGUCUGUGGGUUGAGCAAAAUGAAUAUAUCCUCACUGCUAUAUUCCUGGGCAACACCCUCUAAUGCGCAUCGAAGGCCCUUUACUUAGGAAGCACCAUUAUAAAAACACGUGUAGUCCCUGGGACCC